AUGGACGUGCCUUCCCCACGGACCCCAAGACAGGCUCCUGCCACAUCUACGGUACAGCGGACGGGAUCCCGAUCUUUCCAAUGGGUAUGGUCGUAUGCCUUCAGCACUCCAUCAAUUGGAACCGACCUCAACCUCCAUGCUUUCCAAAUUACUGCUUCAUCACUAUGUUUCCUCGCCAUGACCUCCAGCCAGCACUACAUCCCUAAUCAGUGUCCGCCCGAUUUGCAAUCCAGGCCGCUCGAUGCGCGCGUCUCGACCCUUCCUUGA